UAAUGAGGCGACCUUAGAUGUUAAAGGUUAAAUUUGAUAUACCAACGUUAAAUUUGAACUAUUUUUUGUUUUAGUCUGAGGAAAUGUUUAAAUGAAUCAUUAAGAAAUCCUUUAGUAAGGAUUUUGCUUUUGUAAAUAUAGGACUAUGKGGUUCUUUGCUGCGUUUGUGUUUCUCCUGUACGCCUUUCAAGAAUCUUAUACAGUGAAAGUGGAGGUUCAAGAGGGUGCAGAAUCUGUUGUGUUGCCCUGCCAGUACAGUCAAGUAUUGGAAGAGAUUGUUACAGUGAAAUGGAGCCGCCRUGACCUUAAUCCCAGUAUUGUCCAUCAAAGACGAGAAGGAGACGACCUGCAAUCACAAAAUCAACUGUUCAGUGGAAGAACAUCAAUGAGAUCUGAUACUCUAGACUCUGGUAACUUCAGCCUUACCCUGAGAAACUUUCAACUUUCUGACGUCGGCAACUACAUCUGCAGCAUGAUUGAUGAAGAAGAAGAAAAAACACURUCAGAAGUUGAACUGCAGCUAAAAGUCUCUCAGGAUUCAUUGACUAAAAAAGUGGAGGUUCAAUGGGUUCAGUCUGUUGUUCUGCCCUGUCAGUACAGCCAACCAUUAGAAGAGAUGGUUACAGUGAAAUGGAGACGUUUUGAUCUCAAUCCCGAUACUGUACAUCAACGGCGAGAAGGAGACGACCUGGAAUCACAAAAUUUGCUUUUCAAAGGACGAACAUYAAUGAGAKCUGAUGCUUUCGACUCUGGUGACUUCAGCCUCACACUGAGUGAACUCCAACUUUCUGACAGUGGAAACUACACCUGCAGCAUCACUGAUGAUGAAGACAAAGAAACAACACUGUCAGAAGUUCAGUUGCAUGUCAAAGGAAUUCCAACUUGGGUCAAAGUUCUCCUGGUUCUACUGGGUUUACUCAUAUUUGCUGUUUCUGUCUGCCUUUUUUAUAUUUUCSGAAAUAAAUUUGGGUCAGCUCGGGCCAAAAUCCUUCUGGGGGUGCUGAUUGUACUGGUUGUUCUUAGUGUUUCUGGAGGCCUUUUAUUUCAUUUUCAACACAAGUUAAAGUCAGAAAUUCCAACUUGGACCAUUCUUGUUGUGUUUCUGUUGUUUUUUUUUACUAUUGAUGUGGGAUUUCUGCUUCACUUUAGACAACAGUACAAUUCARAAACAUCAACUUGUUUCAAAAGCUUYCUUGUUCUKWRGGCUMUGCUGUUACYUGUGUGUCCUACUGUUYUUGUGAGCCUUUUAUUUCAUUUCCGACAUUCUAYAUCAGGAUUGGCUUGA